AUGAAAGAGGAGAAUGUAAAAACAGAAAUUAGUGAAACCUUUACAAAAAGAUAAGAGACUUAUUCUUUAUAACACUAAGCCCAAUCUAACAUCUUUCUUGAGGAUUAAAAAGUGUCUUUUAAAUAAUCUCUCUACUUACGAUAUAGCUACAAUUAAGUAAGAAUCCCUUAUUCUCAUACUCAUAUCUUAUAGAAACAUGAUCAUUACAUCUAGAAGGAAGAUAAUAAUACUAUAGUUUCAGGAAAAACUUAUUUAACAAAAGCAAUGGAAUAUAGAUAUAUGAAAAUUGCAUGUCAUAAUGUUCUUGGUACUUUGCGUUGUUCCAUUUAAUGCACCAGUGAAUUCUAAGUUUUGAUAUCCUAAGUGCAUUCUUUCCCAACUACUCAAAAUUGUGAAUAGGUUAUUAAUAAUAGAGGAUUUCAAAUGUCAGUAACUUCAGGUGAAUUUAUUUAUAUUUCUUUUAUCUCAAGAAAAAACUCUGAAGUCACCUUUAACAUUCAUACUAAAAUAUUAAAUGAGCAAAAAUAUGCAAUUAAAACCUUUUAAGAUACUUCAAAUAAUUACAAUCUAACCUCUAUUAAUAAUAAUAAGUCUUUCUAAUUCAUUAUUAAUUCUAAUAGACAAUAAGCUAAAAUCAAGAAAAAUAAAUAUUAUGAUGAAAUUUCAAGAUCUGAAAGAUAUCUUAAAGUACUAUAAACUAAAAGUUUUUAAAAAUUAUCUCAUAAUUAAGCAAUUAUUUAAAAAAAGUUUGAUAUUAAAGCAAAAUAAUUAGCCAAUCAAGAAAAAAUCUUAUAAAAAAAACUUAAUUUUGUUUUAAAAUAUAAAUUCUUUUUUGAACAUCAAUGGGCUACCUUAAUUUAUAUAAUCAAAUUAACUUAGUAAAUUGCUGAUAUCUAUCAACAUAAAAAAACUAUAAUUUAAAAAUAUCGAUUGGCUGCCUUUAAGAUAAAAUUAUUAUUGAUAAUGUUAAGAAAAUAAUUAGCUAAAAAAAAAGGUCUAACUUUAAUUACAAGAGUAACAGUAGAUGCCUUAAUUUCUAUUAAAAUGAGAGCAAAAAUAGUUAGCCAUGUAGUAAGAAUUAAAUAAGGAAAUAUCUUAAUACCUUAUUUUAGAUAAAGAGCAUUAAUAUAUGAAUUAAAAGUAAAAAUGUUAGAAAAAGCAAAUAAAAUAUUAAUUGUUAAAAAAUAUAUUUUAAUCUUUGAAACAAAUUAUUUGUAAUAUAAAAAAGAAAUGAUAGCUAAAUGGGAGAAAACAAACGAAAAAAUAAGGGAAAAAGAAAUUAAAGAUAAAUAACCCACUUAAAGAAAUAAAGCUAUUGUAAUGUGGUUUCAAGUGAUAAAAGAUAAGGAAUUUGCUUAGUAGAUGAGAAGUUGUUUUCUUGUUGAAUUAAUAAGGGAUAGAAUAAAAGUUCAUUUGUAGGAUUAAUAAAUUAUCAAAAAAUACAAAUAUGAUUUGAAAUAUUAUAAAUAAAAAUCAAGAUUAUGCAAAGAUUCCUUAGAAACUAAUUAGUAUAGGUAAGAAAUACAUUAAAUAACAAAUGACAUAUAUGCUAUGCAUAUAAAAAAUUAAUUAUUUAUGCAUGUUGAUGUUGAAAAGUAUUUUCAAAAAUUAUUGAACAGGUAUAUUAUUUUGGUUGAUGAGACUGAAAAUCUACCAGCAGAUAUGCAAGCUUAAUAAAAAUAAAAGUAAAGAUAAUCUAGGAUAUCUUUGAGAAAAGGUUUGAGAAAAUCAAAAAUAUGA